UUCAUGUCAUGUGACAUGAAGAAAAUCACAUGAUCACCCUUUCGGAGCAGAAGCUCUUCCCUGAAGUCGAUUCAAGAUAUCCAAACAAUGAGUGUCAACCUUGACGUUAGACUUAAACGUGCGAACAAAGUUUAUCAUGAGGGGGAGAUACUGGCAGGAGUUGUGGUAUUAAUCAGCAAGGAGGCAGUGCAGCAUCAGGGCAUCUCUCUAACUAUGGAGGGGGUUGUGAACCUGCAGCUCAGUUCUAAGAGUGUGGGUGUCUUUGAGGCGUUCUACAAUUCUGUAAAGCCUAUUCAGCUAAUCACCAGCAAUAUUGAAGUUGUCAAACCAGGAAAGGUUCCGAGUGGCAAAACCGAGAUCCCCUUUGAGUUUCCACUGCAGGCAAAGGGAAAUAAGGUGCUCUAUGAAACCUACCAUGGCGUGUUUGUCAACAUCCAGUAUACGCUGCGCUGUGACAUGAAGCGCUCCCUGUUGGCUAAAGACUUGAGCAAGACCUGUGAAUUUAUGAUCCAUUGUCAGCCACAGAAAGCAAAAGUACUACCAAGUCCACUAGAUUUUACCAUCGCCCCAGACACUCUGCAAAAUGUUCGAGAGAGAAGCUCACUCCCUAAGUUCUUAAUCCGAGGCCACCUGAACACCACCAACUGUGUGAUAACCCAGCCUCUAGCAGGGGAGCUGGUGGUGGAGAGCUCCGCCGUGGCCAUCAAGAGCAUCGAGCUACAGCUAGUCAGGGUGGAGACAUGUGGCUGCGCUGAGGGCUAUGCAAGAGACGCCACGGAGAUCCAGAACAUUCAGAUCGCAGAGGGAGACGUGUGCCACGGGCUCCCCAUCCCCAUCUACAUGGUGUUCCCCAGGCUCUUUACAUGCCCCACUCUUGAAACCACCAAUUUUAAAGUCGAAUUUGAAGUGAAUGUGGUGAUCGUCCUCCAUGAUGAUCAUCUGAUUACAGAGAACUUUCCUCUAAAACUGUGCCGAGUGUGACUGGACCAACAAGCCACCUGCUAUAUCAAAAGGACUGUCAUUGAACUAAUAUGUGACCAAGUGUCAAGACAUGCAUUACUAUAUAGCCCUCUUAUAAUAAUAUUCAGGGUUUAUGCAUUAUUCCAUUCAUGUGCCUGACGUAGUCAUGCGAAGAAAACAAAGUUCUGUUAAUAGAAUUGAUAGAGAAGAAACCUUUAGGAAUAAUUUGUCCUGUAAGGUUUUCAAACAUGUUUUGUAAAAA